GUUAAUGGGAUUUGUUGUUGCCUUAACGAGAAUUAACUGGUGAUGGUGACACACCCGCUCCGACUUGGUCAGUGCGAAUGGCCAAAGACGACAAAUCAAGAAAAACAAACAAAAUGGAUAAGGGUUGUAUUUAUCCCGGGCCUCGCAGCGACUUCGCCUCAUUCUGCAUGCAUGCGGUUUAUCGUACUCUCAUUUCCGUGGCACUCCAGACCAGAACCGUGGCAAUAUCUCAGCGCAUAAGUCAUCACUCAAACCUUAACAUUGUGUGGCAAAGAGGAUUAAAUGUGGUCAUCGCCACAACUGUACAACCCUGACAUCGGAAAUACAGGACCAUAUUAAAAGUGCAUAAUUAAUUACGUUGCUGGGCACGAAUUUAGCAAGGCAUUCGUUGGUGCGCAACUGCGAAGAACGAAGGGCAGAGAAGCGAAAAAACAAAAACUCCUCGCAAGACGUUGGAGCUGUUGGAGCAAGAACUCUUGUGUUCUUCUUUUUUGCGAAUCGGAGUAAGAGGGCGAGGCUCUGCUGAUUAGAAGACCGACCACUGCCUCCCAGGCGGAGAAGUUCGAUUAAAAAUAUUUCCAUUAUUAUUUAUUUGCAUCUGGAUGCAAGUCAGGACACAGCGAAAGGGAAAAGGAUGCAACUGUUUACUUUGAUCACAACCUGGGUCGUGGCGACAACCUGCUUACCACUCGUUCAAGGAUAUGGGGCUAACGGCAGCGAUUCCACAAUAUUGAGCAGAAGCCGACGUUAUUUGGACUUCACCAAGGGGUCCCGUAUGUCGUGGCGUUGCAAUGUGAAGAAUAACAUUUUGAAGGUGAACACACUGUGGGCCUAUGGCUAUGGAUUUCGUGCCAAUUUCCCUUUCCCCGAUAAAUCUGAGAGGCGCCGACCGUUCUUCAAGAGAGAUGUUUUUCAGGGCUUGUCCGACGUUUUGGAGGGGCAUGGGCUCGAUGGACAAGCAUGUCUUCUAAAGUCAUUCUGCACGGCCCACAUGAGUGAUGACUCGAACCUGGGGAAAGGGAUGUUGUUCAAGCUGUUGAAGUUAAUCUUCACUUUGAAACACAAUUUUCUCAAUAACACAAUUCGGGUGGGUCACCGCAGACGCAUUCACGCACGAAAUAACCACAAGAACCCGUUGGAGUGUCGUAUUGGCCGCAACAAAAGGAGCGUUUUUAUUUUAUUUCUCGCUGACACGAAACACACGCCACUGAAAGAAAUUCAAAAAAUGCUCUGUACCAAAGCGUCUCCCGACCUUGUUGUUGUUGUGGUUGGUCUUGGUGUCGUCCUGUUUUUUACGCAUUCUGCCACGAAUUUAGCAAACGCUUCCUUGUUGGUUACGGAGCAGGCAUCAAGUUCAAGUGAUACGGACAAGGAAAUUGCAUUUAUUUCCGCCAACGGAAGUCAUCUGGAUGACAGCAAAACAACAUCUAGCACGGCUACCGGGGAUGUGGCAGUCACCAGCAGACCAAGCAGGGAGCGCCCACUAAAACGAAGCAGAAGAUAUUUAGACUUCAUUGAAGGCAGCCGCAUGAUUUUCCGAGUCAACGUCAAAAACAACGUCAUUUCCAAGCCGACGAUAUGGGCACAUGGUUACGGGUUUCGUUGCAAUUAUCCCAUUGAGAAUAUCAGGAAGGCAAGGCCAUUUAGGCGCGACACCUAUCAGGUGUUGGGGGAACUAAUGGAUAGGAGUGGUUUUGAUGGGGAAGCUUGCAUACUGAAAGCGUAUUGUUCCGCCCACCUGGGCGAAGGGACAAACAAGAAUAAGGGCAUGCUAUUUAAGUUAUUGAAAUACAUCUUCACACUGACCGAGGAGGACAGACGACAUUUCCCCCACCUGCACCACGACAACUGCAAACAGAUUUUACACAGCCACUGCCCCCUGAGUUUCAAUAGCAUAUCGCCCUUCACUGACGACGUGUGAUUUUGAUCUUCUCUUUCAAAGUUUGAAAAUAUUUUAAUAAAAGAAAAAACAAAUAAAUUCCAAAUUCAGAUACUCAA